AUGGUCCCGGAAGAACUGCAGCCUCGACCCCGUGCUCACGGGAUGAGCUGUGAGUCAGGCUCCGUCAUCCCAACACCGGUGGUCGACCUUUGCUGCAGCACCUGCGGGUCCCAAAAUCUGGAAAAACCUUUCCUGAAGAGUCCAGACUGUUGCAGCAGUAAAUAUAACAGCUUCACAUUUCAGUGUGAGUAUGUGGAUCUCGUCAAAAGUGUUCACUUUAUUGCCCGGAAACAAGAGAGCAGGGCGCCAUUUGAGAGGCAGCAGCUGGCCACUUGUGAGAGAGCACAGGAGGACAUAAAGAAGGAGGAAGAGCAGCAGCAGCAGCAAGAGCAUGAGCAGGAGCAACAGCAGGAGCAGGAGCAACAGCAGGAGCAUGAGCAGGAGCAACAGCAGGAGCAGGAGCAACAGCAGGAGCAACAGCAGGAGCAACAGCAGGAGCAUGAGCAGGAGCAACAGCAGGAGCAUGAGCAGGAGCAGGAGCAGGAGCAGCAGCAGGAACAGCAGCAGCAGCAGCAGCAGGAGGAGCAGCAGGAGGAGCAGCAGGAGGAGCAGCAGCAGGAGCAGCAGCAGCAGCAGCAGCAGCAGCAGCAGCCGAGUCCAGUGGAGGCCACAGAGCCCAAUGAAGGGUCUGAAGAGCCAAAGGAGAGCGUCCAGACGACCCCGACCCGACCUCUGCUGUCCAUAAGGUCCAUGAGCAGCGUUGACCCGGACGACAACUCCCCCAACAUGAUUGUCUACAGAAAGAUUGAAGACAUUGUCACUCGCAUCCAGGAUGAGUCAGAGGGUGUUCCCAUCAGAACUGUCAAAAGCUUCAUGACCAAAAUCCCCAGUGUUGUCACAGGUGCGGAUAUUGUACAGUGGCUGAUGAAGAACCUGUCCAUCGAGGAUCCAGCUGAGGCCAUGCACAUCGGGAGUCUCAUUGCGGCUCAGGGGUACUUCUUCCCCAUCUCAGACCAUGUCCUCUCCCUCAAAGACGAUGGCACUUUCUACCGCUUUCAGGCACCGUAUUUCUGGCCAUCCAACUGUUGGGAGCCUGAAAACACUGACUAUGCUAUCUACCUGUGCAAGCGGACCAUGCAGAAUAAGACCAGACUGGAGCUGGCAGAUUAUGAGGCAGAGAACCUCGCCAGGCUGCAGAGAGCCUUUGCCAGGAAGUGGGAGUUUAUCUACAUGCAGGCUGAGGCCCAGGUCAAGAUCGACAGGAAAAAGGACAAAACUGAGAGGAAGAUCCUUGACAGCCAGGAGAGAGCCUUCUGGGAUGUCCACAGACCUGUGCCCGGAUGUGUUAACACCACAGAGAUGGACAUCAGAAAAUGCAGACGCAUGAAGAACCCUCAUAGAGUUAAGAAGUCGGUGUACGGUUUGGCGGAGGAGGGAACACAGUCUCCGAGUCCCAUACAUACUCCCUCGCACCACUGCAGAAAAGGCACCAAGGAGGAUGUGGAGAAAGAGAUCUUAUUCCUGAACACCCAGCUGGAUCGUCACUGUAUGAAGAUGUCUAAGGUCGCUGAAAGUCUGAUAACCUACACUGAGCAGUACAUGGAGUAUGACCCAUUUGUGACUGCACCAGAACCGUCCAACCCCUGGACCAGCGAUGAUCCCUCCCUCUGGGAUCUGGAGACCAGUAAGGAGCCCAGUCAGCAGAGGGUGAAGAAGUGGGGAUUCUCUCUGGAGGAGGCCCUGAAAGACCCCACAGGACAGGAGCUCUUCCUCAAGUUCCUCGAGUCAGAGUUUAGCUCAGAAAACCUGCGGUUCUGGUUGGCGGCGCAGGACCUGAAGAGGAUGCCCCAGCAGGAAGUGGCGCAGAGGGCGCGGGAAAUCUGGGCGGAGUUCCUGGCCGAGGGAGCGCCCAGCUCCAUCAACCUGGACUCCCACAGCUACGAACGCACCGGCCAGAACCUGAAGGACCCCGGGCGCUACAGCUACGAGGACGCGCAGGACCAUAUCUACAAACUGAUGAAAAGCGACAGCUAUGCGCGCUUCUUGCGCUCCAACGUGUACCAGGACCUGCUGACGGCGAGGAAGAAACCUGAAACGGAGCAGGGACGACGCACCUCCCUGGAGAAGUUCACUCGUAGUGUGGGCAAGUCGCUGACGGGCAAACGACUGACGGGCCUCAUGCAGUCUUCCUGACGAGGCCUGGAUGAGGAGUAGGAGGAACCAUACCCAGAAGAGCUGCUUACCCCUGGGGUGUUUGGGUGUGGCUGUGGGAGGCCGGUGAGGGCACCGGGCGAGCCGAGACUGCCGCACUGGACCGCCACCACGUUUGAAACUCGCCUCAGAUUAGUUCAAGAGGACCGACAGCAUGCAAUAAGUCACCAGACCUGACACCAGGACAGUGCUGUCAUCACAGUGUAGACGACGAACGAUGCCACUCUUCUUCGGAGGUUUCUACCCAAAAGCCUGCCUCUUACCAGGCUCUGUUGUUUCACUCUAUCUACUAUCUACACUCAUGUUAAUAUGGUAGCUGAAGAUGCUAUCACUUUACUUUCAGCGAUAUAAACAUGGAAUGCUCGAAUGCCUUGACUGAUGUCAACCAGAGACUUAAUGCUGUAGCUAGCUGUUUUAUCUCACAUCAUUCACUAGGCUGAUCUAAGGGGAAGAGGGAUGGAGGGGUUUACAGUAAACAACUGCACUCUUGAGGCGAACCUCUGCUCACUCUUCAGAAGGAUGGCGGUCAGACUGCCUGAUUUGAUUGUGAACCGGGUGAAGUGCAACAGCUUCUUAGUAAAUGAGCUUUUUGAUCAAUCCACUAAUGUGGGAUGACACAAGAUUAACAACCUCUGGAUGUCCAAUAUAGGUUUAGUUCGUUACAAUGUGUGUUCACAUUCCAUACAAUAGUCACAUAAACAAAUGUAUGUUUUUAUGCUUAUUACAGAC